AUGAGUCAUCGUCCAAACUAUGGUACCUUUGACCUCUUUACGCCAGAAGAAUUUUCGAUAAAUAUUUAUUAUUGUAUAUCAUAUACAUAUUUGAUUGACAGAAUUCAAAUGCUUAUUACAUUCUUCGAAAAUAUCAUGGUAACCACACCAACAUAUAAAAGGGUUAUGAAACCGAAACCGACAACAUGUGUUGCUGCUAAAAGUACCUAUCGCGUCUCUCAGAAUGGAUAUUUUACGCUUUAUGACUCUACAAAUAAACCAUAUCUAGCGUUUUGUGAUUUUGAAUCGGAUCCAGGGUUUUCGUGGACUCUUAUAGAAUCAUUGUCGAGAACCAACGCAGCAACAUCUACCUUUCGUAAGAGUUUUCAUUAUAAUGCUCCAGCUAAUGAAUGUACUCCUAAUUGGUCAAAAUAUCGGCUUUCUAAAGCUAAGAUGACGGCUUUAAAAGGUUCUGCAUUAUCAACGCAUUUUCAUGUUACGUGUAACUUUGAUAACCAAGGAGAGAAAGGAUUAGUAAAUCAUCAAGAUUACUUAAGGGUAUCCUUUUGUGCAUAUGACCAUCUUCUCGCUAGUAGAAAUACUUGGACUUGUGCCAUAGUCGAUUAUAUCAAUAUUCGUGGACAUUCAUGCAAUCUGUCAUACGCUAAGAAGAAUUGUGGAAGGUUCAGUGUACCUGAUACAGUAGAUAGUGAAGGUGUCUUCGGUUCUUACUAUAGAUUCAAUCCACAUUUUUCAUGCACUAGCAACAUUACAUCGACAACAAACUGGUGGAUUGGUGGAGCUUACUAUGAUUAA